AUAUGCCAGUUACGCUAUUGAGUUGUGCCUACUAAGCUAUUUCAACCCUUUCCCUUAUUGGAAUGGGAGAGUUGGCGACCAAAGAGGCCUUUGAUUGGAUGUCUAGUUUUCCUUUGAUUGUUCAUGCUUCAUCAGUGGUUUGCAGGCUCGUGGAUGACGUAUUUGGCCACAAGUUUGAGCAAGAAAGAGGUCAGGUAGUCUCGUCAGUUGAAUGCUACAUGAAACAAUAUGGUGCGACAGAAGAAGAAGCUAUCAUUGAAUUCCAGAAACGAGUUACAAAUGCAUGGAAAGACAUGAACUCAGAGUGCCUCCGCCCAACCUCUGUCCCGAUUCCUCUCCUCCAGCCACCUCUCAACCUUGCACGAGCUAUGUAUGUUUUAUUCAAGGAUGGAGAUCAUUACACCAACUCUGAAACCAUGUUCAAGGGAUUUGUGACUUUAGUACCUGUUGAUCCUGUGCCAACUUGAAAUCUCCCUCGCAAAAAUUGAGUCCAAAGAUCAAGUAAUCAAAUGUAUGCUUAUCAUUGCUUAAAGAAAUAAAAGAGUCAAAUCUGGGAUGAGUUUGUUUCUAAAAAAAAAUAGAAAAAGAAAAAAAAGAGUCUUCUAAACUAUGGCCUUGUCAGCUGAAUCCAUGUUUUUUUUCUUUUUAAAGCUAGGUUAAGGAUUCUCUGUAUUUAUCUUAUGCAAUGUAUUAUUUCCAUCA